GAGCAAAAGUGGAAUUCAUACGUAACUUGGAAUGUUACGUAAGGGCACUUUAGUGUAGGUCCUGUCUGUGCAAUUUUUCAGUCAUUGCAGAUAGACAAGGACCUGGUACAAGCACUCAGACAAGCCAAGUUACAAAGAUAGAAAGAGGGAGAAAAGAAACACAUUUUAGAGUCACUGAAGCAUUCAGGCUUCAGCUGGGACUUCAGGAAGGAUUGUUUUUGGAUUUAGUCUGACAAAGAAGAGAGGAAACCUGGACGCAGCAGUUAAGGACAUAAGGAGGAGAUAAAGAAAGACUAAUGAGGAUGUAUACACAGUGACUGUGGGCCUGACAAUCAAGCGGGAAGAGAUUUGCACAGUUUGGAAUUUAUAGUGUACAAAAGCAAAUCAACUGUGCCAUCUGAGGGAGGAGCUGCAGAAGACAGGACAUCCAAGAGAAAACCACUUUACUGGUCUCACUUGAACCAUUUCACAGACAACAUUUUGCCUUCCAGUUUUUGAUUUUCUUCAAGUAAACUUUUGACAGUGUCAGCCAUGUCAAAGGAAGACUUGACCUACAGCGAGGCUAUUGAAAAGGCCGGUGCCUCCAUCACUCGCUUUCCUCUCAUCCCGAUCAGAGGAGUUCCUCUCAUGAGCUACAUCGCCAAUAGCUGGGACUCCAUCUGGGCUUUCUGUCCUGACCCCUCAGACCUGCUCAUCGCCACCUACCCCAAAGCAGGGACCACAUGGACCCAGGAGAUAGUUGACCUGCUUCUUCACAACGGAGAUGCCGAGGUCUGCAAACGAGCCCCGACACCAGUCCGCAUUCCUUUCCUAGAGAUAUGCUCCCCCCCACCCAUCCCCUCAGGUCUUGAUCUUCUGAAGACUAGGGAUCCACCAAGAGUUAUAAAGACACAUCUUCCUUUUCAGUUGGUGCCUCCUGGAUUUUGGGAAAACAAGUGCAAGGUGAUCUAUGUGGCACGCAAUGCCAAAGACAACAUGGUGAGCUACUACCACUUUGAUCGUAUGAAUCUGACUCAACCUGAGCCAGGGCCCUGGGACGGCUACAUCGAAAAGUUCAUGCGAGGACAAUUGUCAUGGGGCUCCUGGUAUGACCAUGUGAAAGGUUACUGGGUGGAGAGAGAGAAGAGGAAUAUCCUUUAUCUCUUCUAUGAAGACAUGAAAGAGAAUCCUCGGCGUGAAGUGGAGCGCAUCAUGAAGUACAUGGACUUGUCAGUCUCCGAUGAGGUCAUCAAUAAAAUUGUGGAGCUCACGUCAUUUAAGAACAUGAAGGAGAACCCGAUGGCCAACUAUUCCUGCGUCCCAGCACCUGUUUUUGAUCACUCCAUCUCACCCUUCAUGAGAAAAGGUGAAGUAGGUGAUUGGACAAACCAUUUCACACCCGAGCAAUCAAAGAUGUUUGAUGAAGAUUAUGAAGAGCAAAUGAAAGAUGUCAACAUACCAUUCAGGACCCUCAUCUAAUGGAUUUUGGGAUUUACAAAUUGAUGCAGCUCUGCAAACCAAAGACUGAUAAACUGACACUGUGAGGGCAGAAAUGCUGUCUGAAUAUUUGACCUGAGCUAAAAACCAAAUGAUUGAAGAUGAAUUUGUUUGACUCACUGUAAUCACUGUAAUCACCUAAUGUGUGGAUACGAAGAACCAUUAAAUGAUCAAUACAAAUGUGCUCCACAAUACAAACACAUUAGUUUGUAAUCAUCACUUUAUUGCAGCUUAUCAAGUAAACAAUAUAUAAGACCAAAAGUGUUGUGACUGAGUGGACAUGCCCAUUUUAUGUCAUGAGACCUCCAACAGAGUCUACUGACUGCAUAGAGCCUAUAGAGAGCGCUGGCAGCUGGAGGCAUGUGGUGUUUCUGCCCAUAUGAAGUCAUUUUGCAACCCUACACCACACUGUACAGAGCCCAGCCAAAGCAGGGAGGCUGCACGAGACACGAGCAACAAAGGCUAGAAUAAAAAUAAUGAGCUGGAAAGUCAAUCAUAUGAAAAUGGACAGAGGA